AUGCCAGGGGGUCAAGAGGCCGGCGGGGAGAGCGCUUCCCGAGUAGCCUUUGCUCAUUCCCCCAACCCCCCAGCCGCCCUGGCGGUCCGCCCAUUUUACAGAAGAGGGAACUGAGGCUUGGAGAAACACAGCUAAGGUGGGGCCGGAGGAUGCCUCCCACCCUGUGAGCAUGUUUCAGAUCCCCGAGUUUGAGCCGAGUGAGCCCGGAGAAGACCCUUCUGCCUCCACUGCCCCCAGCCUCGCCCCGCUCAGGCCAGGACACCGAGCAGCACCUGGAGCCCACCACCAUGAGGGCGCAGGCGCAGGCAGGCCUCGCCUGAUCUCCUACCCCCCACUUCGGGAGGGCUCCCGGGAGGCGAGCCCCGAAGCGGAGGUCGAGGCAGAGCGGUCCGAGGGGGAGGAAGAGCGCGGCCUCUUCCGGGGCCGCUCCAGCUCAGCGCCCCCUAUCCUCUGGGCGGCGCGGCACUAUGGCAGCGAGCUGCGCAGGAUGAGCGACGAGUUCCAUUGCACCUUCAAGGGACUUCCCCGCCCGAAGAGCGCAGGCACUGCGAGCCAGAUGCGUCGGAGCCAUGGCUGGACCCGCACCUUCCAGUCUUGGUUCGGGCGGAAUUUGGGGAAAGGGAGCGUCGGUCCUUCCCACUGACCCCCACCCCUUCCCCCUCUUAACACGCACCCCAUCCCUGAAGUAGUUUGGCGGCCAUGUUGGGUAAGGGCGGAAGUGCUCUGCCCCGACUUACCGGGGCCGAGAGCAGGCGUAAAAGUUCAGGGAAUCAGAGAGCCCGUGGCGUGACUAGGAUCUUGCCAGAGCCGUGCGAAUUCUUUGGGGAGCCAGGACGCCGGCAUCGCGACAGCGGGCAGGCUUUUUCUGCCCACAGCCAACAUGGUCGCCGGAAGAGGCUGCAACUAGACUUCCCGAUCCUCCCCUAACAAUCGGCUCGGGGGCGGGGCUUCGUUGCGCCUGCGCCGUGGUCAGAGCCGAGAUUAACCACUUCUCCCCCGGGGAGCUGCUCUUGUAGCAGACUCUAGGAUUUCUCUAUGUAAAAGUGGCAAUAAAAGCCGAGUCAUUUGUUA